UAUGUUUUCCAACUACGCAAGCAAAAUCCGUUGUUUUUCUUUUCUUCGUCACUGCUAUAUUCAUGGGCUUCUCCUUCACUUUCGUUCUAUUUGCCUGCUAAAUAUUCACCUCAUUUUUCCCGGAAAAUAGAAGAAAACGCUGAAUGAUAAUUGUCCUAUCUCGAUUUGGCAAUCUUUGUUAGUUCGACAUGUUGCAUGCUGAAUUUGAAGGAUAGCUUUUGUACCAUAAAGGUGGUUUACUUGCGUAUACUAUAUCUUACAUUGUACUGGUUGCCAGCCAUACAGAAUAACAGAAGGAGGGAAAGUUAUACAAAAUUGGAGGGUUGUGGAACGGAAACCUUCACAUUGUCUUGGCUGGAAUAUGUAAAACAUAUAAUUGACCAAGUCAAGGGAAGACUAUUUGUUACAACGAAUUCUAAGUUAGUUCAUGGGUUUGAUUGAUAUUCUAUGUUCUUCCAGAUUUCUUUUUACACUAGUUGAGGCCACUAGCAGGUCAGGGGCCAUGUGGCCCCUAAAAUUAGAAAUGGAGUCUACUGUUACCAUUGGCUGGACCGUCUUCAGUUCAAGUAUAUUUAUGUUUGUAGCUCUUGUUCUCUCCACAUAUCUGAUAUUUCAGCAUUUAGCUGCCUAUAAUCAGCCUGAGGAGCAGAAGUUUUUGAUUGGUCUCAUCUUAAUGGUUCCUGUUUAUGCCUUAGAAUCGUUUUUGUCACUAUUGGAUUCCAGUGCAGCAUUUAACUGUGAAGUUAUUCGGGACUGCUAUGAGGCUUUUGCAUUGUAUUGCUUUCAGAGAUAUUUGAUAGCUUGCUUAGGUGGUGAGGACAAAACAAUUCAAUUUAUGGAAAGUAUGAGCCUAACAGACUCCAGCACUCCUCUUCUAAAAGAAUCAUAUGCAUAUGGAGUUGUAGAGCAUCCAUUUCCCUUAAAUUGCUUUUUAAGAGACUGGUAUCUUGGCACUGACUUCUAUCAAUCUGUGAAAAUUGGCAUCGUACAAUAUAUGAUACUGAAAAUGAUAUGUGCAUUGCUGGCAAUGAUUCUGCAGUCUUUUGGGGUUUAUGGAGAGGGAAAAUUUGAAUGGAAAUAUGGGUAUCCCUAUUUGGCAUGCAUUCUUAAUUUUAGUCAGACAUGGGCCUUGUAUUGCCUUGUACAGUUCUAUUCUGUCACGAAAGAUAAAUUGGAUCCAAUAAAACCAUUGACAAAAUUUUUAACUUUUAAGUCAAUCGUCUUCUUGACAUGGUGGCAAGGUGUGGCUGUUGCAUUUCUUUUUUUCAUGGGAGCAUUUCAAGGGUCUUUGGCUCAAGAGCUGACAACGCGUAUACAAGACUAUAUAAUCUGUAUAGAGAUGGGUGUUGCUGCUGUUGUGCACCUUUACGUCUUUCCUGCAGUACCUUACAAAAGAGGAGAGAGGUGUGUCCGUGAUGUAUCAGUGAUGGCAGACUAUGCAUCGCUGGGAACCCCUCCUGAUCCUGCUGAGGUUCAAGAUUCUGAAAGCUCAACUAGAAUGCAUCUGGGUAGACAUGAUGACAUGGAGAGGCGUAUGAAAUUUACCCACAAUGUUCGUGAUGUGGUCUUCGGAAGUGGUGAAAUUAUUGUCGAUGACAUGAAAUUUACAGUUUCACAUGUAGUAGAACCUGUAGAAAGGGGUAUUGCAAAGUUAACCAAAGCCUUCCAUCAGAUAUCCGAAAAUGUGAAACGCCAUGAAGAGGAGCGGAGAAGAAGCACAAAGGUCAAGGAUGACAGUUACCUUGUUCCCUUGAGUUCUUGGAGACCAGAAUUUUCUGAUGUUCACGACGCUUUUGUGGAAGGAAGUUUCAGUGAUAGUGGUUUGCCCAGCAGAAAGAGGCAACAUCUCCCAUAGAAAGCGUCCGCGUAUCGUGGAAGAGAAGAUAGUUUAACCCUUGACAUACAGUUGAACAAAGUAUAGUUUUUGCACCCACAAGAUAGAAAUUUCUGAUAGAUUUUGACGUCAAAUUAUAACUCAAAAUGAUAAUCUGGUGACCUUUUUCAAAAA